ACUUCUCAAAAACUUAUUUAAAAAGUUUCGGUAUUUUUUGAAAGACGAAAGGUCCGCGGGUUCCCGAGUCUUUACAAACUUCGCGUACAAUAAGUUCGAAUCCCGGCCGCGGCAGCUGCAUUUUCGAUGGCGGCAAAAAUGCUUGAGGCUCGUGUACUUAGAUUUAGGUGCACGUUAAAGAAGCCCAGGUGGUCGAAAUUACCGGAGCCCUCCACUACGGCGUUUCUCAUAAUCAUAUUGUGGUUUUGGGACGUUAAACCCAGAUAAUAUUAAAUCACGACUGCCAUGAAAAUAUGCAAAAAGCGCGCAGUCUUUUUUUCAGACGCUAAUUUUACUUAAGGACGCAUUUUUUUUCUUAACUUCAACCGACUCUGAUAGUUAAGUGUUUAUGUAGCCGUUGACUUCUUCGACAAAUCGCACUGGUGUGCAUCGCGGAUGAUCGGACGAAAGGCGCACUAGGGCGCACCGACGCGAUUUGUCGAACUUGCUGCUCAGUGACGUGAAACUUGCGCACGCUUAACAUUCCUAGUCUCGCCGCGCAGGGGGCCGGCGUGGGCAUAUUGACGUCAAUGGUGGUUACCUUUUGGAUUGGCAUCGGCGCAUUUUACUACAAGCCAGCGAAACGGUUGGCUCGGCGCUCUGUAAUGGGAUGCCUGCAGGAGUACAUCAAUGCGACGCACCAGAACCCUGCGAACGUGACCUUCCCCGUCCUUCCCGAUCCUGAUGUAGCCAACAAGGACAUAUUCUACGCCUACCGGAUCUCGUAUGUCUGGUACAGCAUGAUUGCCUGCAUGCUGGUCGUCUUCGUCGGAAUCGCCGUUAGCUUUAUCACCGGUGAGUUGUCAUAAACGAGGAGUUCUUCAUAGGCCUGCGCAGGGUUGCCCAUCAGGUGGGGG